AUGGAGCUCCCGGAUCAUCCCAGCAGUACCCGACAGGUCAAGCGUAGCUACGUCGCAUGCGUCUCGUGCCGAGCGCGCAAAUCACGAUGCAUCAUCAAAGACAACCCUCCCUGCGCUAAAUGUGCCAGGGAACACCGCGAGUGUCGAUUCGAUCGUCGGCCCAGGGCUCCCAAGCACCGCGAUGCCCCGAAAUGGACCCGCGGGAAUGUGAAUGCUGUGGACGCCGCGCCCGCUGCUCAACCCGUUCAGGCGGCGAAUCACUCUCCUUCUGAGAACCUUGGUUUCAAUUCGUCCCCGAAUAAUACCAAUCAUGCACUGUACAAUAGAGUGCAGUCAACAAUAGUCACUGGGACUAAUGAUGCGCUGGACUUCCUGUCAAGUGCCGCAGGACAGCAUAGCAUCGCUGGUUCAGCGCCAUCUCAAGGGCAUCCUUCGGCGAGCAAUGUCCAGUCCGAUGGUCCCAAAGUCGUAUCCGGUGGAUCCAAUGGAGUCGGGUUCACCAUCAAGGCCCUUUCAGAACCAGAUGAUGCUUGUCUAGAUAUGUGGGAUAAGUGUCGCUUCGUUCGUCAGGGAUGGUUCACGGCACAAGAGGCUGUCACCUACAUCGACCUUUUCUUCGAAAAGCUUGCCCCACUAUCUCCUGUCGUCCUUGACCAAUUCCGCAGCCAUGCAUCUCACGAACAUCUCGUUUACAGGGAAGCCAUGCUAUGCUGCACCCUUCUCAUGAUCUCAUCUCGCUUCUUCACACUACCGGGUGCAGGCGGUACAUCUAGAAGCCACUAUAUACACCAGCGCCUCUGGAAUCACUGUGAAGUUCUUAUUCGACGCAUCGUGCUGGGGCAAGAAAAGACAUCCACCUCCCAGACAAGAACUAUCGGCACAAUAGAGAGUCUGAUUCUGAUAUCCGAUUGGCACCCUCGCGCUUUGCAUCUCCCACCCGAGACAGAUGGCUGGGAUGGCCUACUUGUAACGCCUGGUUAUGACCGAGUCAAUCGCAAGCAUAUCAACAACGAAGUUCCCCUGAUUCGCUGGCGAGAAGAUGUCUUUGAACCAGCUAAGAGGGCAAACAGAAUGUCAUGGAUGCUUCUUGGUAUGGCUAACAACCUUGGCUAUGAACUUGGGAUCUUCUCAGGUCAGGCGGGUGAUAGUGGCCAUACCGUGCAUGCUGAGGUACUUCGCGGUCGUCGAGCUCAGAAGCUCCUUUACAACUAUUUGACCCAGACAGCCACGAGACUGGGCUAUCCUUCCGCAUUUCCUGAGAGCAUAUCUGUCAUUGCAUCACGUCUGUCAAUGCCAGAUACGAGUGAACCAGUUGAUCAGUCCUGGAUUUCUUAUAUGGACCUCAGUUUGGAGCUUACCCAACUGUCGCGUACAGCAUCUUCGAUGUUCUUUCACUCAGCAGCCCAUCUCCAAACACAAGUACUUGGAGAUCGCUAUGUAGAUCUACUUGAACACUUUUCGGCAUCUCUGUCAAAGUGGCAAGAGAGGUUUAACAGCAUGAGCCAAGGUGCUAUCUCCAUCCAGGCUGUAGUAUCCCGAGCUUCCUCCGCUGGUUUCACGGCCGCCACCACCAACUCUGAUGAAGCUCUAUCAGCAUUCAUAACCCCGAAAGACGCCAAGUUCUUACAAGAGGUCAUUUCUGACACCAAAAAGGUUCUGCAUAUUGCAACGAUGAGUGGUUUCAGGGACCAUCUUCCUUUUGCACCAGCCCGUGUCAAGAUUAGCGUCAUUAGUUCAUCUGUAUUUCUUCUCAAGGCUCUCAGCGUCGGCUCCACCCAUACGGAUGUGAACGAUGCUUUGUACACUUUAGACCAAUGCACAUCAACACUUAAGCAAUGCCCUACGGAUGAUAUGGACUUUGCGUUGAGAUAUGCGGAUCUCAUCGAGAAACAUACCUCACAGUUUCGAGCCCACCUUACACAGUCCAGAGGUCUAGGUACUGGUAAUCACAGUGGGCGGGCUUCGAUUCCGAGGAAUAUUAUUCUAGGAGAGACUAGCGUUGAUGGCCCAAACUCCUUCUUGUCUGGUCUGGAUUCUCAACAGCUUGGAGAUGAUGGGGCAAUGAUGAACUUGGAUAUGGGAGAUACGUGGGUGUCUCUUCCGUUUGAUUCAAGCAUAGCUCCAUUUGGUGAAGGGUGUGAUCAAGUCGCUCUGGGGCUGGAUGUGGAUGCGUUGAACUUCUUGUGGAGCUUGCCUGAGCUUGUGCAGGGUGGCGAGACUGGCUUCGCUUAG